GUUGUAAUGAACAUUCAAUUAAUCAACAAUCGUCUUCCACAAUUUCAAACCUCAUCUUGACUUCAAAUCUAUCUCGUAUCAUAAACCGCAUCGUCCGCAGAAAAUAUGAGCUCCAGAGUUUCUCAAAAAGGAGGCCUCACAAGCCGACAUCUUCAUCCAAGCAACUGGCGACAACAGAGCCGCCGUCUUUGCCCUCUAGAAGGCACCACGCUCAACCCCAACCACAACUCCAUUAACGCCAGCGACCGCCCCGUCUUCAUCCAGAUCUCAGGCGCCAGCAAUGUCGCCCACACCGUUUUAGGCGAGACCUCGCCGCGCGUUUGGAGCGAUUUCGCGGAUUAGGACGACCUCCUGAAGCUCGACCAGACGCGCAUCAGCGUCAAGACUGACAAUGCUAUCCGCAAGCUCUCAGAGGAGAAGAACAUACGCUCUCUUACCUCCUACGCUCUCGCCAAACGUGCUUCUCGGCCGCGGCCUCGGCGCGGAGAAGGCCGAGAUAUUCCCGAAGCUGCAGUACGAGAAUGUUCCCAAGAACGGCGCUGCCUUUCUACGUGGUAAGGGGGAAAACGUCUGGAGCUCGAUGUCCAUCGAAGAUCUCGGCCGCGCGUGCAUGUUCUUCUUGGAGGAAGCACAGAAAGGGGACAAAUGUAGGCUUCGGUUACGGCAGAAUGGGUAUUACUUCAUUACGGCGUUUGACCUCUCCGCGGCGGAUAGAACGAAGGCGUGGGAGCAGAGGUUGUAUGCGCAGAGGCUGAUUUCGACGCCAGAAGUGCAGGUGAAGACAAUUGAGGAAAUUGGGGCGCGGUUUGGCCCGUUUGAACCAGUUCUUGCGGCAAGCAGCUCGUUGAUUAGGGCGGAUAAGUUGAGGAAGCUGGGGUGGGACCCUGUGGAUUUCGAUUGGGUUAGGCUGGUGCAGGAGGCGCCGGGGGCGAGGUGUUAGGCUGGGUCGGUUGCUUGGAGGUGGCUGUAUUUUGCACAGUAGAAUAGAUACGCAAGCUGAGAGAGCAUAUUGGGGCUCGAGAUAAUGUUUGAGUGUUGUAAGAUGCGAGAGA